AUGCAGGAAGUCUCAGUUAAACUUCAGGAGUUCAUUCCACCUCAGAACCAAAAGGAUAUCUUUUUUUAUUGCAGCGGGGAGAUUUUCUUUCAGUACCCCCACAUCCCAACUACAUCCGCUCAUCAAUUACACUUCUUUUUUUUUUAUCUCUCCUUCCUAUUUCAAAGAACCUCCGUCGUUCCAUUUCGUUUUUCCUUCUUAGCCUUUUCACUUCACCAAAGGAAAAGAAAAGAAGGACCUGACACGCCUGUACUCUCACUGAGACAUCUUGCGUUGAACGUCUUUUGGGAAGCAAGCUCUAUCUAUCUAACUUUUGUUCGGAUGUAUCUAUCUAUCUAUCUAUCUAUUGUUCGGAUCUAUCUAUCUAUCUAUCUAUCUAUCUAUCUAUCUAUCUAUCUUUUGUUCGGAUCUAUCUAUCUAUCUAUCUUUUGUUCGGAUCUAUCUAUCUAUCUAUCUAUCUAUCUUUUGUUCGGAUCUAUCUAUCUUUUGUUCGGAUCUAUCUAUCUAUCUAUCUAUCUAUCUAUCUUUUGUUCGGAUCUAUCUAUCUAUCUAUCUAUCUUUUCUUCGGAUCUAUCUAUCUAUGUUCUUUAUUUUGUUCGGAUCUAUCUAUCUAUCUAUCUAUCUUUUGUUCGGAUCUAUCUAUCUAUGUUCUUUAUUUUGUUCGGAUCUAUCUAUGUAUCUAUCUAUGUUAUUUUGUUCGGAUCUAUCUAUAUAUCCAUCUUCUUUAUUUUGUUCGGAUCUAUCUAUGUAUCUAUCUAUGUUAUUUUGUUCGGAUCUAUCUAUAUAUCCAUCUUCUUUAUUUUAUUCAGAUCUAUCUAUCUAUCUAUUAAUACUGUCAACAGUAUUGUAUGGUCCGGUGAGUGA